GAAAGAUAUUGUCGUAUCUUAAACGGUAUAUAUGCAUAAUGAAACUCCAAACAUUUGCAAUCCCUUUGUAAAACAUCGGAUUUAUUUUUAAAUUAAAAACUCAAACUCGGGGUUUUACAGAUGGCUGAGGAAAGACUUCAAGAGUUUUACGACGAGAUAAGUGAGGAUCUGACCAGAUGUGUGCAGUUCUGGUUGACACAUUCACAAGACGAUAAAUACGGAGGCUUUUUCAAUUGCAUUGAUGAAGACGGAACCGUGUAUGACGAAACAAAACACGUUUGGCUUCAGGCCCGGCAGACCGAGGCGAUCCAAAUGAUGGACAGACUCAUUCACUGGGUACGCGAGGACGACACGGACAUCCGACAAGGGCGUCCGCCGCUGGCUGGUGAGGCGAGGUCUGAGUCUCUGGCGGUACCCAUGAUGCUGCUGUGUGUGACACACGAGCUUCAAACCCUGGACCCGUCCCUCUGUGCCAGGUACCGCGACAUACAGGAGUGGAGCGUGCAGAAAGCGCUGUCGCAUGUACAGCGCGAGGGGACUGUGAUCCUAGAAAACGUGAGCACUUCAGGAACGGAACUUCCGGGAUCACUGGGUCGUCUCAUGAUACCAGGUCAUGCAAUAGAGGCUGGUUGGUUCCUUUUGCGGUACGCAAAACAAAACGGUCAGGACGAGCUUGCCCAAAAGGCAAUCGACCAAUUCAUGAAUGGCCCUUUUGGCAGAGGUUGGGGCGAUGAAUGCGGGGGACUUUACUACUUUCUAGAUGCCGAUAGAUACAGUCCAGUGCAGCUAGAAUGCAACAUGAAGAUGUGGUGGGUACACACGGAAACAAUGGUCGCCUUCCUGAUGGCUUAUCAACACACACGAGACGGGGACCACCUCGAUACGUUUGCACGUGUUUAUGACUACUGCUACUCAAAUCACGUUGACAAGAAGCGAGGAGAAUGGUUCGGAUAUCUGAACAGGGACGGGUCUGUGUCCAUGAGGUUUAAAGGUGGACCAUGGAAAGGUUGUUUCCACGUGCCCAGGUCACUCCUGUAUUGCAAGCAGAUGAUGUCUGAACUACUCAAACGACCAACCUAAACCUAUAUUAUGACAACAUUGUUAUAAAAAUAGUUACUCUUUAUUUUAAAAAUAGUAUUUCGUUAUCCUUAGAAAUUUUCAACAAAAACGUGUCAUCUUUGUUUCAAUGGCUUUUAACAUAUUAGUGUCUCUUACUUUGCAUCGUUUUCUAUGAACAUAUAUAAUGUCAUGAAGAUCAUAUUUAGUUUAGUUACACUAAAGUACAGUCAACAAUCCAAUAGUAAACCUUCCCUUUUAAGUCAUUAUCUCUGGGCUAAGUGUGUGUAUCGUCUUGCAUGGUAUAACCAAUCGCCUAAAUUUCAAGUCUAGCCGUCAAGAAUUUAUCUCAUUAGUUUCCUUAUUUCUAUAAAUUUAUAACGUAUAUAAUCUACUCUGUUAUGUGUUUUAUUUAUUGAUAAAGAACCAAUAUGAGUAUUUUACAUUUUCCCUUUGGAAACAAUAUGAUGUGCAUAUAUGUGUAGAGGAUAUACAUAAUAAUAAAAUUAUAUAUUUAUUUAAAACCUUACACAAAU